CUUUUCUUAGGGAAUUGAUACAGAUACACUCUCCCCUCAAGAUAUUGCAGCUGCUGCUAUGGCGGAGCGAAGUAAAGAUCUCUAAACUCUUCAAACCAUCAGUCCUGGUUUUAGGAAACAAUUCUUAAGAGAAGAUAUUAUCCACGUGGACGAGUUUAAAGGGUCUAUAACCGUAAUUUAAAGUUACCCUCCAUGCAAACAUGGCAAUGUCCGAUUUACAACGAGUCAAUUGAAAUUGUGUUGACAGUCCCUUUAAAGGGAGUGUUCGUGUAGUUAUGUGAAGUUGGUUCAAGUAUUAAGAAACUAAGAAUCUAGCAUCGGUGUGAAAAAUGCAAUAUUCAAUAUGUACCCCAUUUUAAAAUUCAUGAACACUCCCUUUUUAAAACCACCAAGGAAACAUGUUGUCAAAGAAUUCGAGGCUCAAAAGUUAAAUUGCAUGUAUUAAUUGACCAUUGUAGAUUUUGUUCACCUAUUUUUGUUUUCAGAAAAAAUCCAAAAUGGACGGUUUUGAUGCUUUUGAUUCUCCUGCUGCUGCAGAGAUUGAUCCUGCUGCAGAGUUUCUUGCCCAGGAACAGGAGGAUUUAGCUGAACUUGGCGAAGAUAUGGGCUUCAACUCUCCACCCCAGGAUAUUGAGGUAGUCCAGAAUAUGGAUUUUUUCUCAUCAAAUGAGCCUAAUACAGAAGUCAAGCAAGAAGAUGAUGCUAUUCAGGUUUCUUUUCUCAACCCGACCCUGGAGGAGAACAACGGGUUCUUCAUGUCUGAGAACCCGAACCCAUUCCUUGGCUCGGACAAUGAUAUGUUUCAAGAGGUUGGCGAGAACGGGAUGGAAACCCUGACUAAUGGAAUGGGUAACAUCAAUGUGCGGGAAGAGCCAGAAUCCAUCAAGAAGUGGAAGAUUGAGCAGGAAGAGAAGCUGAAGCUGAAGGAUGAGAACGAGGAGAAAAAGAGAAAGGAGCUCAAGGAGCAGGCAAAACAGGAACUCAACGACUGGUAUAAGCACUAUGAGGAGCAGCUUCAAAAGACAAAAGAGAACAACAGGAGCGCAGAGGAGACCUUCGUAUCGGAGAUCAAUGAUAUUCAGCCUGGUACUGAGUGGGAGAGAGUAGCCAAACAAUGUGAUUUCAGCGCUAAGAAUACUCGGAACACUAAGGAUGUGUCGCGCAUGCGUGGUAUUCUUCUUCAACUCAAGCAGAAUCCUCCCACCAGGGAAUAGAGAACUGAGGAAGUUCUUCCGAUCCAGUAGAUGUAUUACACCGUCCAUCAUCCACCCCAUACCGUCCCGUAGAUCGUCGGUGAUCGUCAGUGAAUGGUGUCGAUCAUUUACUGUAUUUCCUUCACUGAACAAUACUAAGGAUCGUACCAAGAUCUAUACUGCGCUGAUCUCUGCUUUAAAGAGGAUUCAUUCUGCAGUAAUCCAUGCACCGAUCCACCCUGCUGUAAUCCCUGAACUAUUAUUCAAAAUGUAGGAAUCCCUGCAUUAUGAUCCAUGCUGCAGUAAUUUCUGCACUAUAAUCCAUAUUGAAGAAAAUCCCUGCUCUAUAAGUAUGCUCCUUACCGUAGUUACCCCCCUAUUGCACUGUGAUCCCCUCUACAGUAUACAAUUGUGAUUAAAUCUGCCUUUAUCAUAAACCUAUAUUUAAUACUUUGAAUAAAUUCAAUAUUUAGCAGCUAUUUUAUGAAUUUUACAGA